AUGGCUGGCCUUAGCGGCGGCGUGCUUCUGGGUGCUGCUUCUCUAAACCUGCAUAGCGGCGCUGAUCAUACAACUAUCGCAACGGCGGCUGUAAAUGCUGUUGACUCUCUAAAGGAGUUCGGACCCGCAGAUUUAUUCGCGCAGAGCUUCGGCCCCACGCGACCGCUCUGGUCCGCCCUACUCACACAUCACCAGCCGCACCAGUCCAUAACUGCAUCUGCUUCAUCGCUUGAGCAGUACAGCACGGUCCUGUUGCAAGCACGUCAUGUUGCGGAGGACGCUGCGUCGGCGGCGCGCAGCGCUGUGGGCGGCCUGUGUGACGACUACAACCGGUGGCUACAGGAGAGUCCGCUCCUUUGCAAGAUCGUGACGGGCAAUUUCUUCACUGUUGCCGGUGACAUGCUGGCCCAGCUGGGUCUCGGUGGCUGUUGCGGCGGCCAUGGUGGCGAGGCGACGGCCAACGGUGGCGACGAGGGUCGUCGUCGCAAAGUGGACCUGACCCGCACCGGGCGGCUGUGCCUGGAGACGUCUGCAAUCGGCACUCCUCUGGGACACUGGUGGUUCAACUUGUUAGAUUCCAACAUCCUGCCCGACAACCCGCACUGCCCCACGGCCGUGCUGACCAAGAUGUUGGCGGAUCAGGUGCUGUUCGCGCCGCUGGGGCUGCUCAUGUUCUUCGCCGUCAUCAAGUGCCUGGAGGGCAGGCCACGAGACCUGCCGCACACGCUACGAAACAGCUACGUGAAGACUCUGCUUGGCGGCUACCUUUUGUGGCCUCUGGCCGGCAUUCUCAACUUCGCUUUGCUGCCCAACGAGUACCGCCUGUUGUUCAAUAAUUGUGUCAACAUCGUCUGGACGUGCUUUCUGUCAAUAAUGUCCAGCGGCGGUGAUGCCAGCAAGACCUACGGUGCAGCGCAGGCCGGUGCGCAUGAUGCGGAGGCAUCCCACAGCGCCCUCGCCGCUGCCGUUGAGACGGCAGUGCUAGUUGCUGCCAUCAGCGCCGCCGCGACCGGGCGACCAAGCUUCGGCUACAUAACCGGCAUUAUUGCGGCUGCCGCGGUCGAGACGGCGCUGACGGCUGCUGCUGCUGCUGCUGCUGCUGUCCAGGAGGCCACGGCUGCGGCUGUGCCUGUUGCUGUUUCGACGACCGAACAGCAGCCGCAACCGCAGUACGCCUCCUUCGCGGCGGGCGGCUCCGUGUUGCUGGGAGGACCCUGUCUGGAAGUAUGCGAGCAGCCGGUCGAUGCGCUGUACGAGAUCCGGGCCAUCCGCGAGCUAAUGCAGCUAGUGGGUAAGGAUGCCGAUUCAGUGAUUCGGGACCUGAGGCGCUGCGGGGAGGUAUAUCCCGCGGCCAACUCGCUCCUGCUGGUGUUGGAGAGCUACGAUGACCUACCCCGUCUGCAGGACGCUGGUGCUGCGCCAGGCCCCAGCAGUGCUAUUGCCAGCGCGAGCAGCCCUGCAGCACGGCGACGCAUUAGCCAUCGGGCGGGAUCUGGAGCGGGUCUUGGCGGCGGCGGCGCCGGCGGCGGUAGCGCCGCCAGCCGAGGAUCCUGCGGUCUUGGGGGUAAGCACGGCGGCGACGGAAGCGGAGCCGGUGGCGGCACUAGUACCGAUGCCGCUGCCGCAGCGGGUGGCGCCGGCAGCCAGGAUGUCCCGCUGCAUCGAGUUACUCGCCUGGCGCUACGGUGCAACAUCAACCGGUGCGAGACAGCCAAAGAGCGGCAGCGAUACAAGGAGCAGCAUUCCCGCAGGCGCGGUGCUCCGUUGCUGCAACUGCUCGGUCUGCCGCCCGCGCUCCUGGACGUGCUGCAUGACGGCCCGGAAGGUGGCGCGGCCGGAGGGCGGGACGGCCACGCCAUCAACGGCCCUGCACCUGGAGAGCAUCUCCUUGACCUGGGCUUUCUGGAGCGAUUGCCGGCGCUGAUCAGUCUGCGUCUUGCGGUUCCCCUGGACCUCCGGCCGCGGCCACCGGGGCCCGACCGCGGCUCAGGCGGCCUGGCCGCGCUGGCGGCGCUCCGGCAGCUGCGGCGCCUGGACCUGCUGCCCAUUAACGGUCUCACCUCGAGCGACAUGGCACCGCUGGGUGAGCUGGGCGGCACUCUGGAGCACCUGGAACUCUACCUGGACGACCCGACCACCUUGCACUGGCACCGCCGGCCGGACGGCUACGGGCCCCCGGACACCAGUAGUCUUCCGCAGCCGGGGCCUAUCAUGCUCAUGAGCAGUCGCAUGGUACGGGAUUUCGAGUACGCCAACAGGGUGUACCCUGCCUGGACGCGCCUGAAUGCGGUCCUGGCACGUCUGCCGCGCCUCGCCAACCUAUGCAUCACCGGCUCCGCGCCGUUCUGGCUGCCCAUGGGACAGUACCUCCUGGCGGAGCAUCCCAACCUUGCCAACCUGCAGCUCUCAUGCACCACCGCGCCUGCGGAGUUCGUGGCCUCACCGGCAUGUCCGGCUCGCGGCGCCGCGCAGCAGAGCCUAUCGUCGCAGGAACCCCAGCCGGCGGGACCGGGGGCGACGGCGCCAGGCGGCGAGCGGCGGACUCCGGAGCCGACGCGGCUGAGCCCCGCUCCCGGUCAUGGUGGUGGCCCGGCGGGGCACCGAGGGCUGCCGGGGACUUCAGGGAGGGCGGGGCGCCACCUGCGGGUCAUGGUGCGCCACGGCGAGGGGCAGACGCUGCUGGAGGACGCAGCGCAGCUGCUGCCGAUGCAACCGGUGCCGCCGCAGGACGAGAUCUUCUUAGAUGUAUGCGGCGUGGGAACGGUGCGGACUGACCUGGGCGAUCAAAUCCGGGAGCUUCUGGCCGCGCUGCCGAUUCGGUCGCUAGUGAUGCUGCAUGUCACCUGGACUGACCCACGGGUCGUUACGGAGGUCCUGAGGGCUCUGCCUGCGGUUCAGGGAGCCGCUGCCGGUAGCGGGGAUGCGUCCUCCACGACCGGCAGCGGAGCGGAGCCCUCGGCCCAGCAGCCGCGCACCGUGUUGCGGAGACUCCAGGUGUGGAGCCGCGACAAGGAGGCCUUCGACGUUAGCAACCGAGUUUUGCUGGAGCUAGUCAUCCACGGGCUCCUCCCCGAUACCCUGGGCCCGCUGCUGCCGCCCUCCUUGAAGCGCCUCUCCCUGGCCAAUCGUGUAUCGGAUGAGAGCGACACGGACGCCGACGGCGUUGAGGGCUCCCAGGGCCGCAGGCAGGCGGUUGUGCAGGUGGAGUGCCUGCCGGAGAGCCUGGAGGCCUUGGACAUGCAAAACAUGACCCUGCAAGGCACGGUUCCUGGCCGCGGCCUACCAGAGCUGUGCCACCUGUCGCUGCACAGCUGUGACCUAAUCAACCUGGACCAGCUGGCGCUGGGACCCAGGCUGAGGCGGCUGGCGCUCUUCCGCAACAACAUCGUCAGCAGCAGCAUGGAGCGACUGCUAAACCUUCAGGAGGCCUUCUCGCCCGACGCGGCGCACCGGCGGCUGCACAUGUCGCUGGCGUGUGCGGGCCUGCUGUCGGACCUGCACCACAUCGGCCGGUUGACCAGGCUGGAGUCGCUAUCGCUGCCCAUUCCGCACUCCUGCGAGGGCAUGACGGCCAUGGUGCCGCACCUGGCGGCGCUUCCCAGCUUGCACAGCUUGCUGGUUCAGGGCCUAUGGGACCUGUGCGUCCCCUCGCUCACCUGCCUCACCGCCCUCCAGCGCCUAGAGUGGCUCAAGCUGCACAUGGUGGUGGACACCAGGUGCUACAGCCUCCAGGACCCGGCUACUGCGCCGCCGCAGCCGCCACAGCAGCAGCAGCAGCAACAACGGACGGGUGCUACAGGCAGGCAGCGGGUCCGCAGGCGCGGCGCGGCCAGGCCGGAGCCUGCCGCUGGGAGAACUCCACCAGGGGCGGCGGCGGCAGCAGGGGCGGGGCCGUCAACUUCGGCAGCAGCGGCGGCGGCGGGUCCACUCACUGCGACGUCUACGGCGGCAGCUGCACGGGCCGCGUCGCCGCGAUCUCAGGUUCGCGGAGCAGCAGGAACGCAGGAUGGCGACAGGCCAAGUAAACCGCUGACCCGUGGGUCUGCUCGACCUUCAGCUAUGCGCCAUCCAGCGGCGGAAUCGAUUGCCGGCUCCCCGCGGAGUACACGUGCUGCUACUCGUGCGGCGGCAGCAGUUGCAUCCGCCGCUACCGCCACCGCGGCAGAAGCGGCUGCUGCUGCCGUAGCUGAAGCGGCGGAGGUGGUAGCUGGCCAGAGCAGCGGUGGCGCUAGCAUCAACCGCAGUGCAUCGGCGGCCGCGGGUGCUGGUGCUACCGGAGGUGUAAAGCGGGGUGCGGCGACGUUUCUUACCGGCCGUCCAGCUAAGCGCAGGCGGCGCGCGGUACAGGGGCUCGAUUCUACAUCUGACGAGUCUGAUGGCGAGCGUGGCAAUGCGCAGAGGACGUCCGUGGAGACCGGUGGCCGUACCGCGCAGGCGGCGGCGGCGCCUGGUGCGGCCGCCGCGGCCUCCGGUAGUGGCGUCGGUCCGUCCUGGCCGGGGCCGACGGCGCCUCCCGUGACGACGUCGCGGUACAACCGAACGCAACGGACGAUGACGUCGUCAGCGCCCUCCCCAUCCCAGACGCAUCCUAGUCCUGCCAAAAUUGCAUCGGGCCUGCAUGAUGCACACACGGUCAGCCGGGACCUGUACGAGUCGCUGGUAAAAAACCUGCCGUACACGCGCGUCGGCCUGAAGCUCAUCACCAUUACCUUCAAAGCAGAGGACGACCAUGGCGGUGAGGGUGAUGGCGCUCGGGCCGGUGACGAGGCUGGCCCGGCGCCUGGCGGCGGCGGCGCCGCGGGGCAAGACGCACCACAGGGUGGCGGUGAGGGGGGAGGCGGCGGUGGCGCUGCCGCUGCAGCCUUGGCCGCAGCAGCUGCCCUCGCCAACAUGCUCGAUGGUGGUGGCGACGGCGGUGCUGCAAUGCCAGGCGGCGGCGGUGCAGCUGAUCCUGGCGGCGACGCUGAUGCUGAUGGCGGCGUGGACGGCGACGGAGCGAUGCCAAUGGAAGACAUGGCAGCUGUCUUGGGCGAUAUGGGCAUGCAGCUCAUGAUUGGGGUGGCCAUGGCAGCGCUGGGUAUGCCGGGUAUGCCCGUACAGGUCAACAUGGGCGUGCAUGGCCCAAUCCCAAUGCCUUUUGGGCCGCCUCCGGGUGCCGGUGGCGGCGGUGGCGGUGGCGGUGGCAACGCGCAGCCUGACGGCGCUGGGGCAGCUGGCGGUCCAGGGGCGGCGGCAGCGGCGGCGGCUCCAGGGCUCGGGGCAGCGGCGCAGGCCGGAGGCGGUGGGGCAGGUGGAGCCAAUCAUCAUGAUGACGAUGAUAAUGGCGACGGUCACGGGCAAGAUGCGCCGGGAGGAGGUGGUGAAGGCGAGGGGCCGGGGGGCGCGCAGAUCGGAUGCGCAGUCAUGUAG